AGCUUUACCCUACCCCAAAAGGACAUGACUUUAUAGAAACUCUUAGCCGCCGAGUCUCCACAUACCUAUCUGCGAUAGAUUUCAUGUUUUUUCUUCCCACUAUAUUUGUAGUAGAACGACCGCGACAUCAUGAUCCCGACCCCGAAAGUGAUUUACUAGCAGCGGCGCACUAAUGAAACAAAUCCAUUGUUCAUCAGAUUACGAUUAUCAGUCAUUUUACCAGUAGACCUACUACAGUAGAACGAACUACAUGUGCUGUUUAGUUUUCACAGUUCCGUGGUCGAUCGUCCGCAAUGGGUCCUUUGGGUCGCCGGCCACCGCGACACAAGGACCCAUAUACGAGCGGUUUCUGGCCCAGGCGAAGCGCGCGCGCUUCGGGUCGCAGCAGUCCGCGGAAAAGGUCGCGGGGUUUCUGUCCUGGCGGUUUUCCCAGCUGUGCCUGCUGCCGUUUUUUUACUUGAUCCGUGGAAUCAUCGACAUGACGGACGUGCGACUGUACGAUAAUUUCAGGGACCACGUGGAGGAGACCGUGCCUAACAACAGUACUACCAUGGCCCAGGAGGUGGUUGCCGAGCUGGCUCCCUUUUUCCGCACGUUGGGCCUCGAGGACCGGUUGCUGGAUGCGGUGAAUGUGUGCAACAUCCUGUUGCUACUCCUGUGCAUCGUGUUCAAUUUCGGGCCGGAAUACUUUUUGAAGGGAGGAACAGCAGCUGUAUCAGAAGUAGGGGAGAAAAAUCAUGAUAGCUUGCGGCCUUCACGUCGAAGUGACAGCGCCGGGAACUACAGGAAGACGUCUCGCACCCCAGCUGAAGAUGUCCUCGAGGGUAGUGCGACUUCUGCGACCGAGGAGAGAGUAGAACUUCUAUCCGAGGAUAUGGAUGGUCACAGAGCGGCGGAAAGCAUUUUGAUGCGGCUCAGGGCGGGAAAAGAGACACGGCAGCGUCCGGAGGUAGAAUUUGAAGGAAGUGGUAGUAGAUCUGCGUUGGCUGUUGCUGAGGAUAAUGCUCUAGUACGAGGGGAGACACAACAUUCCGAAGGUAGCGCGCCAGAAGGCAUAGACGUCACAGCAAUUGUAGAGGGGAUCAUAGAAGAUCAAGAUCAUGGCGACGAUGAUAGACCACUGACGGAACAGGAUAUUAUGACUAUACUGGAGCAGCGGCUGUCUGCGGCAACACAAGAACCAGGUGGCCCAGAGGACGCGAGGACCAGCGACGGUCAGAGCAAGAAAACUGCAGGCGAGAAGCAGGAAGAACAAGAUCCGACUACUGCGGCGGGCGCAGUGGAUUCCUACCUGAGCAUGCUGAUUUGGCUGCAGCGCGUGGGCGGGUGCAUCCUGAUCCUGAGCUUUGCGCUGAGCAUGUCGGUGCCCUUUGUGUUGUAUCUCCUGAUCCCCUUCCGCGCCUGGAUCGACGGGACGGGCCUGCAGAAGGUCUUCUGCGUUCGUAUAACCCGCUCAGGUGUUACAAUCUCAAACGUUACAAUAGAAUCUGGAAUUUGUGUUGCAAGAAGUGCAUUAUCUAGCCAACUCUCAUAGAAUUGCGCAUGACAAGUUUCGGAGCUCCGAACCGCACUAGAAUCUGGCGAAAUUUGUAUUGCAGAAAGCGUAACGCUCUGCGAGUCUGUCAUGCUCAUCAUGCAACACAAAUCCCAGAUUCUAUUGUAUGUAGUGAGGUCACCGAACGGCUCUAACCAGGGAGUUUUUUUGACAGUCAGACAGCAAAACGGCCGUCAGUUUUCAAGCCGCCGGAGGCGUUUUUUGACAUAAAAAAUUUAUAAUUAUCAAGCGGACGGGGCUUUGCCAUCAAACAAGCCCGGUCGAAAACUAUCGAUUCGCACUGGAUAAAACGACGCAGGGGAGCCGGCAAAAGGGGCGCCCUUCUGAGGCGCCCGCCGCCUUAGUUUCUGGCGAUUUGGGGCGCCCAAAAAGGGGCGCGCAAAAAACGCGCCCAAAAUCAGAACAGCGAAACAGCAUGGCACGGCCGCGAUUUCGGAGCAUUUUGGGCGGCCGCGAAAGCGGCCGCCUUUUCGCCGGUUUCAGAGCCUGGGAAGCUUUGCAAAAAGCGCCGGCGUGAAAAAUAAAAACGCGAAAAAGAAAAAGCGGCCCGCACGCGCAAAGCCAAUCCGCAUGCUAUGGGCCCGAUUUUUCUUCGCUUUUUGGGCGCCCCCCGUGGCACCCGGAUCGGCCCCAUAGCAUGGGGGCUGGCUUUCGGAAAGGAAUUUCGGAAAUUUUCCAAAAUUUGCGACGUUUCCCAAGUGGCCGCCAUACCGUGCGGCAUAACGUUACUCACGGCGGUAUGGCGAGCCCAUAGAACGCAAAGCCGCGGCCAAGGCUGCGGUCGGCAAAAAAACGCCCACGACCUCACUACCUCCGCCUCGGCGGCUAUUAUUGGUAACGUUUGAGAUUGUAACGGUUGAGCAGGUCAUAGUUCGGGGCGUCGCCUACGUUUUGACAAACGUGUAUCCGGUCGACCGGCAGGUCAACGAAACGCUCGUGCUCACGGCCAACGCCUUUGCCUACACAAGAAGAACCAACAGCAGUAUUAGAGACGUUCAGGCCGCUUGUCGUGCCUGGUGCAACACUAUGUCUUCCGCCCCGGAGAACUCAGGAGACUCUGUUGUCACUAACUACAGAGCAAAUGACCGUUGCUUCGGGGAGUGCCUUUUUGCAAAAAGUGUUAUACCGGAGAAGAACCAGGUGCAGCAGGAAAUUUUAGCAAAAACCUCUCCAGGCCGCGGGAUAAAGAACGAUAGCAAUUGGACGACCAUGCCUUCUGUUGAUGUUUCCAGGAAGGUUCCGGACUUACUUUUUGUCACAAAAGAUGGAGGUGAAGUAGACCCUUUAGCUCACGUCUGGUUUAAGGACGACCAGGCUCACGCGGCGCAGCAAUCUGGCGAAUAUUGGUGGCGUGCACAAAUGAAACACGGUAACCCGAAACCGGAACCCAAAACACCAAAUACAAGUUCUACGGCCCCCUUCGACCUCCACUAUGAAGAACAAGACGAAACAGAACCCAGCAACAGCAUGAUAAGCAAAAACCGGGAGUUUAUUGCGGGCCAGUUGCGGUCUGCGCGUUACGACCUGCUGGGUAGCCAGGACCUGGACGUGGAGGCUUUACUCCAGAAAGAGUUAGAAGCUACAAAUAAUGGCGGGGAUCACCCUGAGUCAGAACGCGGAAAACUAGACCAGAAUCUGACUUCAUCUCCCCCGACAUCUUCUGCCACAUCACUUUACACCUACAACGAUGUUGAUCCGACUGUGUCCCUGAAGGCCGAUCCGGCGCGAUUCUUUGCUGUGGACCAAUUCUGUUCGCACCACGGCAGCGCCUGGAAGGACCAGUUCGAUUCCUUCGCCCUCCCCUGCGCAGUCGGCACGGCGGACGCGUGCGAUGAGGUUCUCGGGCGGAAAAGGCCGUUCGUUAGCGACGAGGAGACGACUUCCGGGGGUCCUUCUUUUAUUUCCGCCGAAGUAGAGGAAGAUGAAGAAGAUGCAUUCGAUUUCCCCCAAAGCCAGAGUCCCUUUGUUGGGGCGACUCCUAGUACAGGCUCGUUGGAACAAGACGGAAAAAACUAUGACUACACAAGAGGUUCACGUUCAUCUGGCAAGAUCAAAAGCAAGUCUUCUUGGCGUACCGGCAUGAGUGUUUUUUUGGAGCACCAGACGGCACGACAGACGAGAGAAGACAAACUGCAUUGGGACACCGACCACAUUUUGAAUGCUCCUCCUUUCGCCCCCGCUGCUGCAAAUGUUGAAAAUGAAAUUACAAGCUCGUCGUUGUCAAAACCGGUUUGCCUGGACUACGAGCGAAAGGAAAACGAUUACGGAAAAAAGGUGCAAAGGGCGGCGCUGGCCUACAUGAGUACGUGUCUGGAAGAGAUGUAUUUUUACCACACGGGCCGGUAUUGCGAGAUCGAGCCGUUGAGAUGCGAUGCGGAGGUGCGCGCGGAGCUGAAGAAGAAGGUGUUGGAGACGAAAGCGGAAAAACGCGCGACCGCUCUAACGCCCCCUGCUUCGGUGACAAAAGAUUUAGAAGCUGUGCCGCCGGCUCCGGAAGAGAUUUUUUCCUCUUCGAGGAUUCUUCCUCGUCGAGGACUUUUAUCAGGAAUAAAUGGGAACGACUUCAUUGCAGAUGAUCAUGCCGAACCGCAACUUGAUCAUGUAAUAGCUGACGGAAAUAAAAAUAAUUCCACCAAUCGGUCCGAGGGUAAAAACAACUACUCCAUGCAGCUGCACCAGAAUCUCAGUUCAAUAGCACCACAAGGACGACCAGUACGACGAGACGUCAUGAAUGCAGUAAACGAUCUUCGUCUAGGUCCGCCCGUUUCCCACCACGACGUACAUUAUUACGAUUUGAAUCGUGAGCCGAUAGGACAAGACGGGCAAGUCGGAGUAGUUCAAACAAGCUUGGAAGGGUCAAAGGUAGAGGAGGAAAAUGACAUUAAUGUGCUCAGCGCUUGGGAUUCCGAUUUAUGGGAAGAACAGCGAGAAGAACGACAUACCCUCGUGCCCACGGAGGAAGACGUUAUUUGGCGCGUGGCAAUGCAAAGUCACAUUUUUCCGGACUGGUGGCAGCGACCCCGGUGGGUGCAGCAGCAACUGUACGGGGAGAAGACCUCCUUCGUCGGCGUGCGGUUCCACCAACGAGCGAAAAGAGCGUUCCGCGCGGCCUUUCGCGGCUACGAGAGAAAUCAGGAUGUUUCGGACGAAGCGUCAACUUCUGCUUCGCCAUCGCGACGACCAAGAAGUGGUGUGGCAGAAUCAGGACGUGAGAGGGAAAGCGGAUUUGUCGCAGCUUUUUUGCAGAAACGAAGAAAGGGGACCCGGCGAGCAUUAUCAUCUCAGAGGAGCGGAAAUAAAGCUGGUUUUCUCGCAUUUAAAACGAGAGGUACAACUAGUAGGAGCCAUAGUUUCGGGAAUAUCCACAGUGGGAGAGCAUCAGUGGUACAGACGGAAAAAGAUGACGAGCAGGUGGAUGAGGCAGGAAGAGGCACUGAUAAUAAGAACCAUACCACGAGGGGUUCUCUAUCAGCUCCCGGAGGCCGACAGGGGCAGGGGCGAUUAGACCGGCGUGGAAUGUCCUCGCGGAACGCCACAGGAAGUGGUGAACAGCGCUCGUGGUCCUCCCGUUGGCAUGACGCCCGCAACCGGGAAAGACACCAAGGUGUGCUGCUGACCCCGGCCGAAGCGACCGAGGCCAUGGAGCACGCGAGCGAUUUUAUCUUGCGGAACCAACUGAAGUCGGCCGCAUUGGAAUCCCUGGCGGAGAUCGAGCGGCAGAUUUUGAUCGCCCUGUCCCUGACCAUGGGCACCAUGGCCUUCAUCGCGCUGUUUCCAAUCGUGAUGGCCCUGGGGACGGGGUUGAGCCAGGCGCUCUCCAACCAGCGGGCAAUUUUCGGGGAAAAAUCGGGCCAGAGCGCCGUCUGGAUCCUGCUGUUGGUGCAGAUGUUCUCCUUGCCGUUGUUCGUCACGGCCAUGGCCCUGAUUCAGCAGCUCUUCGGAGGGGAAAAGUACUUCACGCUUCUCCUCAUCUGCGUGGUGAUUUUCGUCGCCCUGCCGCUGUUCAAGGUGGUCCGUUUGUCCAACGAAGACACCAUGGUGAAUUCCAACGCCGCCAAGGCGAUUCGCGUCGUCGAAGUGUUGGUAAAGAUCUCCUUACCGAUCGCGGCGGUGUUCUGCCUCGGGAUGCUGGUGUACAACAAGUUUCUUGAGGUGUUCUACUGGGUGGAGCUCGACUACUGGACGCUCGCGACUUCGCUGAUCUCCCUGUUUUGUAACUUUAUGGCGCGGAAAAUGGUGACGGCGCUGGUGUGCACAGAUUUGCUGGUCGCGGCCUACUGCUCCAUCGAGCUCUGGGAGAGCAACCACUUUCAGGACCCCAUGAACGCAAAAAUCGUCCAGGACAUGGCCGUUUUCAUGAACGUGACCCAACCGCAAAUGGAAAACAAAACCGACGCGGCGCAGAUGAUGGCCCUCGGGAAGCAGCGCAUGAAGGGGUACGGCGAGCGUUUGAAAAUCUUCCUGCAGAAAGCCAAGAGCGGGGACACAAAUGAUGGCAGUACCGACAGAAGUAAAUUAGAAUUAGUAUUAAAAACUGGAUCGACUGAUGUAUCUUCCAGUAGUGAAAUGACGCGCCUGUUGCAACCGUUGAGUUACAAGGAACUCUUAAACCGCGGACGUGAAGGGACCGAGGAGAACCUCUACAACAGGCAGCGAGCCUCUUCGACCUUCAUUCGCCCGAUCGGCGCGAGUUUUUCGCGAGAGCGCCAGGAGAUGCUUGGGGGAGAAGAGAUAGUACAAACGAACGCAGCGGAGCAUGUAGAUGGUCGUCCUACCGUGGUUCCAGAAGAGGACGACGAAAAUGUGAGUAACCCGUUGGGCGGCCCCCGACGGUCGAUAUCGAUGUAAGUGAAAGAAGUGAUGAAUCAUCAGCAUUAUCUUCAAAAAAAUAUUAAUAUUUUUUAUAUUUGUAUAAUCAGAAGGCUCACUUUUAUACGCGGUUAAAAGUACUUGUGGGUAAGAAGGAUGUUCUGCUUCUGGCACGAAUGCAAUUGCAUGUAUGAUACACUAGUAGGUACAGC